AUGGCACCUGCUGAACGUCCCGCACCAAAGGUGGAUGUCAACAAUCUGACAUUCGCGUUCCCGGAUGGCAGUACUGGCCUUCAGAAGGUCGCUCUGGAACUGCCCGCAAACAGCAGGACUCUGCUGAUCGGUGCCAAUGGUGCUGGAAAGACCACUUUACUUAGACUUCUGUCUGGAAAGCGUAUGGCGCCGAAAGGAACUGUCAGUAUCGCAGGCAUUGAUCCCUUUGCCGAAGGUCUCGAGGGUGUGACGUAUCUUGGCAUGGAAUGGACCUUGAAUUCUAUCACCCGAACGGAUAUCGAUGUGCCAACACUGCUGUCUUCUAUAGGCGGUGAUGCUUACCCUGAGAGAAGGGAUGAGUUGGUCAAGAUUCUAGAUGUGGAUCUGAAAUGGCGUCUCCACGCCGUUUCUGAUGGUGAAAGAAGACGUGUUCAAUUGUGCAUGGGUUUGAUUAGACCAUGGACUGUCCUCUUGUUGGACGAAAUUACCGUGGAUCUGGAUCUUCUGUCCCGCUACAACUUCUUGCAGUUUUUGAAGAGAGAGACAGAGUCUCGCCCUUGCACAAUUGUCUAUGCAACACAUAUCCUGGACAACCUGGCCGACUGGCCUACUCAUCUGGUCCACAUGUCUCUAGGCAAAGUGAGACAGUGGGGCGCUAUGGAGUCAUUCAAUGCUCAAAGUGCUGAAGGUGGUCGCACGGGUAACAGUCUUUUGGGAGAGCUUGUGUUGGAAUGGCUGCGUGAGGAUCUGGCAGAGCGUGGUCCACGCAACGGACAGCAGUCAGAGAGCAAGACAUACGACACACACGAAGGAAAGGGUGGAUAUGGCCAAUUGAAGGCACCUCCAAAGGAAGCAUAG